CGGGGGAGCGCGCGCGCGCGCGCCGCGGCUGACAGUUGGCCCCGAGUUGCCAGCGGAGCGGGCAUCAGCAGCAGCAGCAUGUGCCUGUCGUGUGCGGCGGACAGGACACGGAGCAGCGCACCAAGCGAGCCCGAGCAGUGGCACCCGGACCCGCCGCUGCAGGCGCCGCCCGGGGCGCUGAGGGGGUCGGAGGGAGUAACAGUGGGGGGAGCACGCACGCACGCACGCCGGCAGCCAACAGUGAGCAGCGAACCCGAGUUCGGGAUGGGAAACUUCACCCGGAUAAAGUCGGCGGCUGAGACACCCAACUCUCGUUAGAGCCGCGGAGGACACAUGACAUAGGAUGAACACUGCUCAUCGCCUGAUAUUAUCUGUGUUGUUGUCCCUUGUUCUACUCACAUUGGGGUUUGAUGUCAGUGAAAACGUAUGUUCCACAUUGAUAUCUGGAAUACUGUACAGAUCAUUCUCUCUUCAAGAUGCAUUUCCAAAAGCUUUUUCUGGUUGUUCCUGGACUGUUGAAAACCCAGAUCCAACAAAAUAUUCAAUUUACUUAAAAUUUCACAAAGAGAAACAGAUUUGCUCCCAUCUCUCUCUGAUGGUACUGCAGUUGGAUCACUACAUUCCGAAUCAGACUUGCAGCACAUUGGAUUAUAUCGAUUAUGAUGCUAUUAACUUAUGUGAAACAAGGAAUUUAUUUACAUUUUUACAGUUUGAUAAGGAUUUUGUACAAUUUUGUCUGACUUCGGAAUCAGUUUUGAAUGAACACAUAGGAAAAAAUGUAAUGGAAUUUCAAUUAUUGGAGGUUAUUUUACUGAAUAAUGAGAAUUCCAGCCAGUUUGGCUGUGGAGUAUUAUGUCAUUGGCUUGAGAACUGCUUGAGCAACAGGAAUCGUCACGAGCCAUGUGGAAUUAAUUACUCAGGUUGUGGAUGCCCCGACAUGCAUGAAAAUGAGUCAGAUUCAACCACGGUACUACCUUUCCUCAAGAAUGAGUUUGUAUCAUCAAAAUUACUUUCCAGGAAUGUGAAUGAGUUGAAUGUUAAGAGUGGUGCAGCAAAAGUUGGAAGUGAAAUUAAGAAACAGCGGAAAAUUAGAAGGCAGCAUCCAAGAUCAGCUGAUGGUUCUGGAACAUUUAUGGCACAAAUUGGUGAUCCAGCUGCUGAGGAGUGGUCUCAGUGGAGUGUGUGCUCACUGACAUGUGGUAUGGGAUGGCAGGUGCGAACAAGAUCUUGUGUAGCCUCUCCAUACGGGACACUGUGCAGCGGUCCACUAAGGGAAACACGAACAUGCAAUAAUACAGCAACAUGUCCAGUACAUGGUCUGUGGGAGGAAUGGUCGCCAUGGAGUUUGUGCUCAGUUUCCUGUGGGAGAGGAUCGAGAACCAGAUCGCGGAUGUGCGUUGCUCCACAACAUGGAGGGAAAGCGUGUCAGGGCUCAGAGCUGCAAACCAAGCUCUGCAACAUUGCACUUUGCCCUGUUGAAGGGCAGUGGCUGGAUUGGGGACCGUGGAACAGAUGCUCAGUCACGUGUUCAAAUGGAACGCAGCAGAGGACCCGCAAAUGCAUUUUGACGCAGGGAUGGACAGCGUGUAAAGGUCACCAGGCUGAGGCCCGCAAAUGCUUCAACCAGGAAUGCUCAAAUGAUGGCAAAUGGGGUCCAUGGAACCACUGGAGUUUGUGUUCCAAGACUUGUGACAGUGGCUGGCAACGGCGCUUCCGAAUGUGCAAAGGGACAAGUGUUAAAGGUUACCCAUGUGAAGGAUCAGGAGAAGAAGUCAAGACAUGUAAUGAGAAAAGAUGUCCAGCUCCUCAUGAGAUGUGUAGAGAUGACUACAUCAUGGCAAUGACAUGGAAAAGGACUGCAGCUGGAGAACUUGUUUACAGCAAAUGCCCUCCUAAUGCAACAGGCUCAGCCAGCCGCAGAUGUUCAUUGAAUUCUCGUGGAAUUGCAUUUUGGGGACCACCAAGUUUUGCCAGAUGUGUCUCACAUGCUUACAGUCAUCUAUACAUAUCGAUUCGAGAACACCUGGCUAAAGGACAACGUACUCUGGCAGGAAAGGGCAUGUCAGAGGUCAUAAGGACUAUGCUGGGGUUAAUGGAGAGAAAGAAUUUCUACAGUGGAGAUCUUUUGUUCUCUGCAGACAUAUUACGAAAUGUAACCGAUACAUUUAAAAGAGCCAGCUACAUUCCAGCUUCUGAAGAUGUACAAAAGUUCUUUCAGAUUGUCAGCUACAUGCUUGAAAUAGAAAAUAGAGCAAAGUGGGACGAUGCAUUACAGGUUGCACCUGGCUCAGUCCACUUAAUGCGGGUUGUUGAAGAUUUCAUCCAUAUCGUGGGUCAUGGGCUCAAGGUGUUUCAGAGUGCCCUCAUAGUGACAGAUAAUCUAGUAACUUGCAUUCAGCGAGAACCUGUAUCUGCUGUAUCAAGUGAUAUCAGUUUCCCAAUGAAAGGAAGGAGAGGAAUGAAAGAUUGGGCCAGAAACUCAGAAGACAAGAUUUAUAUUCCAAAAGAGGUUUUUACAAUUCUUCCUUCAGAAGCAGAAGAUUCAGCCUACUACAUUAUUGGAACUGUGCUGUACCGUACUCUGGGUCUCGUUUUACCUGUUGCAAAAAAGUCAAUGGCAAUAAAUUCGAAAAUUCUGGCUGUAACAGUAAGACCACUGCCCAAGGCUUCAGAACCAAUAGUUGUUGUAGAGCUGUCUCAUCUUAUUAAUGGAACAUCUGACUCACACUGUGUUGUUUGGGACGAUUCCAAAACGGAUACAGGUCCUGGCAGCUGGGACCCUCAGGGCUGUGAAACAGUGCACACACAAGCAUCACACACUAAAUGCCUCUGUCAUCAACUGGCUACUUUCGCCAUUUUAGCCCACCAACCGAGGGAUUCGAGCAUGGAUUUCACUGGAGUGCCAUCAGUCCCAUUGAUGAUCGGAUGUGGAAUUGCUUGUAUGGCUCUCUUAACAUUGCUUGCUGUAUAUGCUGCAUUUUGGAGAUUCAUAAAAUCGGAGCGAUCCAUUAUACUGCUCAACUUUUGCCUAUCUAUAAUGGCAUCAAAUAUCUUGAUUUUGGUUGGUCAAACACAGAUACACAGCAAGGGUGUGUGUAUGAUGACAGCAGCGUUCCUGCAUUUCUUUUUCCUCUCUUCAUUCUGUUGGGUAUUAACAGAAGCCUGGCAGUCCUAUCUCGCUGUGCUGGGUAAAAUUAGGACGCGGCUGAUAAGGAAACGCUUUCUCUGCCUUGGCUGGGGAUUACCUGCACUGAUUGUGGCCAUUUCAGUGGGAUUUACCAAAGCCAAAGGAUAUGGAACAGCAAAUUACUGCUGGCUGUCCUUGGAAGGAGGCCUCCUUUAUGCUUUUGUCGGACCUGCUGCAAUCAUUGUCUUGGUAAACAUGCUGAUUGGAAUCAUAGUGUUCAACAAGCUCAUGUCCCGGGAUGGAAUAUCAGAUAAGUCCAAAAAGCAGCGAGCAGGUCAGGCGAUUGAAGUCCGUAGCGGUUUGAUGCUCAAAUGUUCCAAGUGUGGAGUUGUUUCAACAACAGCAUUAUCUACCACCAUCACCAGUAAUGCCAUGGCAUCCUUGUGGAGCUCAUGUGUUGUUCUCCCAUUGCUGGCACUGACCUGGAUGUCAGCCGUACUGGCGAUGACUGAUCGGCGAUCGAUCUUGUUUCAAAUAUUGUUUGCAGUUUUUGACUCCAUUCAAGGCUUUGUGAUUAUCACAGUCCACUGCUUCCUGAGGAGAGAGAUUCAGGAUGUUGUAAAAUGCCGAACAGGAAGCUGCAAAAAUGAAGAGAAUGAAAACUCACCUGAUUCGUACAAAAAUGGUCAAGUCCAGAUAAUGACAGAUUUUGAAAAGGACGUGGACCUGGCUUGCCAGUCUGUGCUCUUCAAAGAGGUUAACGCUUGCAACCCAGCGACUAUCACAGGGACAAUGUCUCGCAUUUCACUGGAUGACGAGGAAGAUGAAAAAAUGAACAUCAGCAAUGAAGGAAUGAAUUUCUCCACCCUUCCAGGAAACAUCCCACCGGGAAAUGUGUUAGUCCAGUUGCCUCCAAUGCAGCAUCUGCACGAUGUGAUGUCUGGUAUGGGGGAACUGAACGAACCAGUCAAAAAAGAAACCAACAGUGAGCUGAGGGGAACCCUGUAUCUGUGCACAGACAACACCCUGAGGCCGGUGGACUUGAAGUGGAGGCGAGCUCAGGAGCAGCCGCUGGAGGGAGACUACAUGGUGCUCCCCAGACGCACUGUCAGUUUAAAGCCUUUCAUCAAAGACGAGAGCAAAUUGAACGUCAAUGUGGACAACAGCAGGCACAAUAUCACUGGGAGCCAACCAGUCGAGUCAGAGAUUUACCCAAACUUUGUCUCCGUUGAUCAGAUCAAUUACAACUUUAAUCAACCUUAUGGAACUCUUAAUUAUCCACGGAGUUCAGCCCUCAAACAUCACCCUUCAGUGAGGCACAUUCUGGCAUCUGAAUUUGCAGACAGGAGCAGGACCAUGCCACGCAGCAAGCCAAGCUCAUCAGGGUCCAUGGGCUCUUUAGAAAGGAGAAGAUUGAGGUACUCUGACCUUGACGUUGAGAAAGUCAUGCACACAAGGAAACGUCACUCCGAACUCUACAAUGAAUUAAACCAGAAGUUCCACACAUUGGACAGGUGCCGAGACCCUGAACUCUCAGCAUUUAAGCGGGAGAAACGGUGGAGCAUUUCAUCAGCGGGAGCUGAAAAGAGCACGCCAGUUGAGAAAGCUACCCAUGCAGAGCAAACUUGGGACAACCUCAAGACCAUGCCAACCAACACACUUCGUUCAGAUGCCCAGGAAAAUGUAGAAUUGCAUUCACCAGACUGGGAGGCAUCUGCCACAAUCUCUAUGGAUACAGAAGGAGACUUUCAAACUGAAGUUUAAUGUGGAUUCAGAGGUAAACAAACCAUAAACAGCAGACUUGGAAAAUAUAUUUUCACACUGAUGCAUUGCGAAGGAUUCAUUUUGUGUUGAGUUCCUGGAUCUCUUUCAAUUGAUGUGAACGGUAAUCAUCUACCAGUCAGAAAAGCGGAAUUCACCAACGCUCUGUUCUUACUCUCAACUUUCUCACUGUGGCUGGUGAACGAGAAUGCAAGACACAUAAAUCUGUGAAACUGUCUCAGAUCUACAUACACAAGACUUUGUUCCUUUUGAUGUAUGUCUGUGCAACCCAAGACUGAAACUAAAAGGAUUCAGGCAUUUAGAAAACUAGUUGGCAAAAAAUCUAAACUAAAAUUAAUGUUCAUUUGAGAUUGACCAUUUUUGUCUCCCUAUUUUAUGUAGAAAAAGACAAUCAUGAAGCAAUUAUGUCAACUUUUAUACCUGAUUUGUAAGUCGCAGCUUUUCAGUAAUUCUCCUCUUUUCCAUAGGCUGUGACUUACGAACUGAAUUUUUGCAAUGGCUGCUCCUUGGUGGCCUUUCCUCUGUCUCCUCUCCAUGUUCAGUGUCCAUCCGUGGCCACAGUACUACUCUUGCAUCCAACCUCCACAAACAUGGACCUAUGAGGUAACCGUGUGAGCCUCUGACGCAACAAAACCUCACUAGACGCAAGCAGAGGGCACAACGUAGUUUCAAUGGCACACUGGUGCCAUUUUUAAAAUCAGAUUCACACCUACUUCGGCCUUUAAUGGGAGAACAGAGUUUCUCAACAUUAACCUCUACAACUUUGUAUUGGAGACAUAAAUUGUAGAUACAAAAAGAAACUGUUUAGGAAAUAAUAACGUAAUCUUUCACUUACCAAUCACCGAGUAGUGAAUGGGAAUAAGAAUCAGGAUAUGGCAGUCAUUAAAUCUCGGGAGCUGACCAGGUGGGGGAGCUGUCCAGGUUUUACACUGGAGGCAGCAGAGACCGUUAUUUUUAGGGUCGGGAUACGGAAUAACAUGGGGUUUAUUGGCUGGGCACCAGUGAAGGAGUGCUUCUCAGGAACAGGAAAUGCAGUAAUUUCUCAGCAGAUCAGUUUUCAUCAACCUGAAGUAUUAUUUCUCCUCUCUCCAUAGAUGCUGCCUGACCUGCUGAGUAUUUGUAGCAUUUUCUGUUUGCAUUUUAUAUUUUUGGCAUCAGUUUUUUUUUUGCUUCUUUCUCAGGAACAUGUAUUGCAAUUAUUGAUAUACGUUAUCAAAAUAUGUCAUCUAAUUUCCUCAAUCAAGGAUGGUGAACACAAUCAGAAAUCCCAUCUGCUUUUUAUAAAUGCAGACUUUCCUCCUGCACAAACUCUUUAAAUUAAAAAAAAACGCACGUGAAACCUCAUGGGAGAACAUAAAAGUCAGGGCAUGAUAUUUGUGUUCAGAGAUAAUGAAGUCAGUUUUUCUUAUUGUUUACAAUUGUACUCACACAUGCGCACACAGACCCAUGGAGAUGAUGUGUACAUAUUGGGUCAUUCCAGACAUAAAUGGCCUGCCACACCUCUGACUCGCCUUAGCAUUGAGUGAGACCCCGUCCCCAAUCUGUAAAGGAUUUGGAGUUUGUUAUCCAAUAAUUUCACGCUAGGACCUGCAGACAGACAGACUCCCAUUCCUGCUCUGGAAAUGGCCGUCUCUUCAAUGGUCUGAUUAAAUUGCAUGGCAUUUUGUUAAUUAAAUUCACACAGUCAAAUCUCAUAGUUGGUAGUGCUCUCACUGUUCCUGGUAAAUCACCAGCUCAGACCCCUGCCAGGAUUUUGAGCCACUGGCUGGAACCUCCAAUAAUGCCGAGCCCAUGGAGCAUAAUGCUUAUACAUAAAAAGGUACACAGAGGGUUCUGGAUGACUGGAACUAUAUAAAGCAGGAUCUCACCCAGAGUAAGCAUCGGGAACCCAAUGCCUAGGGUCGAGACUGUAAAGAGGAACUGGGAAGGAGAUUGGAAACCUUGAAGCUCAGGAUCGGUCUCAGGAACAAUACGAUAGAGAUGUAAACCAAGGAAAUAGAAUAUAGUUUGGGAACCAGGUACAUUUGAUAUUCAGUGUACACACGCGCAAACCUUCGAACAAAGUUACUCAUUGAGUAUUUCAAUGUUCCUGGAUUUAUUCCUGGAAUUAUGCCAUCUUUAAUCCUCCAGUGAUCAAUAUCCUUACCUUUUUAUAUUUUCAGCAUCUUUAUUCCAGAUAGCGGCUGGUUUCCUUAGCAGACUAGACCAGGCUAUAACCAUGAGUGUUGGAAAGUAUGAAAAUGAAGACCAAUCUCUAGCUCAUUGCCAGACAAUGUAUUGCACCUUAAUUGUUCCAAAAGGCAUACUUGCCAGAUUUAAAAUCUGACAAUGUGGAACAGCGGUGGAUUUGUUUGAUAGCUAAGGCACUGAAUAUUUGGCUCCCACCGUUCCUGCAGUCUAGGUUGGUGCAGCCUGGUUUGGGCAAAGUGGAGGCCAACCAGUGGCACGGAGGGAAAAAUUAGCUGGUAUGCUGAGCUUCGUGGAGAGAUCAGCUUCUUAGUGAAGUCACUGCAGGAUUAACAGGUAGUGGCACAGAAUGUUAGCAAAUGGCCUUGGGCUGGUGUGUUGACCUUACGAAAAGAAAGCCCAUGAAUACCCGCAAGCAUGGAAGAGGCUGGCGGUAGGUUGUGGUAGAUCUGCCCUGUACCGAGUAUGUUUGCUUCAUCUCAGAGUCACACAUAGAAGGCAACAUCACACAUGUCUAAUUGAAAUAAUUAUGCACCUAACUAUGAAAUAAUUAUGGAAAGCAUCAGUAUAACACAUCUAUCAAUAAAAAUUCUGAUUAUUGGAACUGCCUAGAAUACAUUUCAAAGUAUUUUUCACCUGCUCCUUUGGUAUGUAAAUUUACACAAGAAUAUACAAAUAAAAUGUUCUGCUGUUGAACUGCUCCUUGCUCCAAAUCAAAACUUUAUAAAGCAGCUGCAGUUUCUGAAUGUGGCCCAAUCAACACCCACGCAACAGAGAUGCUCUUUCACAAUAUCAAUUAGGAUGCCUGAAAAUGAGUCCGUCCUAACUUUUAUCCUUUUCUUCAGAAAUCAUUUUUACAGGUUUUAUUUCCAUAACAUUGUCUCAUUAUGUCUUCCCUUGAAUUAUUUUUUUAAAGAUAUAUUUACAUAACCAUGCUAUUAAUUUUUCUUAGCUUUCUCUAGUCUAUUGGUCCAAACAAGGUUUAGUGACAAUACAUUGGUGUUUGUCCAGGUACCUGGAACUGGACAGUUCCACCCCCCAUCACUGAUGAGAGCUAGACUAUGAAUCUCAAUUAAUAUGUUAUUACCUUAAGUUUUUUGACUUGAAUUAUCUAUGUCCUUUCGAAGAGAAGUUAUUUUAGCUUGAAAAUAUUUGUUGCAACUGAUUAUAAAAUAGCAGUUUUCUUUUAUGCAUUGUUUUUAUUAAUGCAUCCAAAGUGCAAAUGAGGAAAAAUAACCCAUACAAAGUGUCAAGAGUUCUUUCAUUAAAGCACACUUUAAUUGGUGAAGCCUCCUGUAAUUCCCAUUUUCCAGCAAAAAUAAAUCUCCUGUACUCAG